AGAAAGGAUUAGCAGGGGGCAACUUCCUUCAUCAUCAUUCAAUAACAUGAAAGGAUUCUUUACUUACCUCUCCAUUUAAAAGCACUUAGAGAAAACUGAUAUCACUGAAAUUCGUUCCUAAAUUUCGUUCAAGAAUUCUGGCUUAUCGUUGCAUUUGAAAUGGUGACCUGGGCAAUAGUUUUGGCAUUAUGCUUAACUAGUUUUAUCACAGCGGAUCACGAUAACAAAAGCCACAAACAUGACAAUAACAAAACUCUUGGAGAAGACCAUAAUAAAACUGACGGAUAUGAAAAUGUUUGGAAAAAGAUGAUCUGUGAAAAAAAUGACCAAACGUUAUACCAGGAUAUUGAGUCUUGCUUUCGGAUGGAAUCCAAAGCUAUACGUGACGCCACUGAAGACUGCAUUAAAGAGGCUCUGCCUUCAUCAGAGGGCACACUUGUGUCAUAUCUUACUGCCGCAUGCAAAGACAAAUCUUUGUUUGAAAAGUACGAAGAAUGUUUUUCUGAAUACGAAGCAAACACUGCUUUCAAAAAAUUGAUGGAAAUUUUGCCUCCUGUCAUGGCUUGCUAUGAUGAAGUAUUUAAGAAACACGACAUGGAACCUUUUCUGUCAUACAUUAAUAUGACAACAGCUGCUUGACACUUGAUUCGAUGAAGUCCAAAAAAUAGCAUAAUUUUCAAUUCUUGGAUGAUACACGUUUAUGUGAUGUUGUAGGUAAUCGGAUGCUAAUUAGCUACAUAAUAAAAUAUAUAACAUAAGGAAUAUUAAA